AUGUGUUGUGUUUUGAUAUACAUACAACGUUUCGAAAACUUGAAGAUAAAAUCAAGGACAGUAUUAGAUAUUGGCCUAGCUGGAAUACAGUCUCAAGUCAGGAACCCUUUAAAUCACUCGUUCCUAGUAACUGACUGGAACUGUUCUGCAUUUAUUCAUGGAAAGAGGUCCGAAACUAAAAGGGCUGUAAAAGCGAAAGUACGGUAUAUGCCAUCAAUUCAAAAUUUGAAUUGUUCAGAAUUUCGAAAAGUUUACGGAUAUGAUGACUAUUCAAUAAGUGAAGAAGAACGCAACUUUCCCAUCGCUUAUAAUAUUUUACUCCAUAAAGAUUUCAUCCAAGCGGAAUUUUUACUCAGAGCUAUAUACAGACCACAGAACUAUUAUUGUGUCCAUGUGGAUGGAUUUUCCCCUCCCAGCUAUCACGAGUCAGUUCAGAAAUUAGCCGAUUGUUUCGAGAAUGUAUUUAUAGUAUCAAAAACUGAAAAUGUGACGUAUGCGGGCUUCUCUCGUCUUCAGGCUGAUCUUAACUGUAUGAAAGAUCAUUUAAACCAGGACAAACCCUGGAAAUAUCUACUCAACAUCCCCGGGCAACAAUUCCCGCUAAAAACUAACGCAGAAAUCGUCGUCAUUUUGAAAAAUUUGAAGAACUUAAAUAAUAUUGUUGGGAUUACUAUCACGAGUCAGUUCAGAAAGAAAUUAGUCGAUUGUUUCGAGAAUAAACACCUUCCCCCACCCCACAAUGUUACGAUUUAUAAGGGUAGUGCGUAUGGUGUAUUUUCCCGCCAAUUUGUGGAUUGGAUCAUAAAUAAUAAGAAAGCACGUGACCUACUGAAAUGGUGCCGUGACGUGUAUUCCCCAGACGAAUAUUACUGGGCAACUUUAAACUAUAAUUUAAGGUUACAUGCUCCUGGAAGUAAUUCAAUUGAUGACGAGACGAAUCCAUUCCUUGCUGUGUACGUAGCAUGGAAAUACUCUGAAUGUUACGGAUCGAGAAAUAAAGGUUAUUGUACAUUUAGUGUCCGAGAUCUACCGACCCUGGUCAAACGACCUGAAAUGUUUGCCAACAAAUUAAGGAUAAAUUACGAUGCUUUAACAUUAAGAUGUCUUGGUGAAUGGGUAUAUAAUAAAACUUUAGGUCUUGUGCCUUCUGGGGUCUAA